AUGUAGAUUAGAUGUAUUUCAGCUGAUCAUCAAAAUCAAUAAAUAACAGGUUUUUGCAUAGAUAGUAAAUGUCCAAAUUAAAGACAUUAUUGUAAGGUUUGCUUGCCUAGCCAUAAUUUACAUCUUAAUAAGUUGAUAUCUUAAGAAUUGUUAUAUUAAUGGGUUAAGGAAAGAAUUCUUAUGUUAAAAUAUUUAAAAAAUAAUGUUUAAGAAUUUAAAUUUGCCCUUGAUAGUCUUAUAAAUUUAUUCCUUCCUUUUAAUAACUUUAAUAUUUAAUAAUUAUCAGAAUUAGAAUUAUCACAGAUUGAUUAAUUAAUAACAGGUUUAUGUUAAAUGGCAGAUUGCGAAGAAGAAUUAUUUAAAUAACUUUAACAAUCAAUCGAAUAAACCAAAUCCAUUGUAAAUCAAAUACUUAAAAAAUUAAAGAGUUAAACAAAUUAAAAUUAAAAUGGUAACUUAUAAAUUCCACAAUUUAAUAUAGAUAAAUCAACUUUAGAAUAAACGAACAAUCAAAGUAUAUUAGAACCAAAUGUAAAACUAUUCACCUUUGACUUCAUGAAAUAAAAUAUAAUUAAGUAAAAUGAAUCGUGUAAUGCUAUUGCUUUUAACAAGGAUUACUCAAUCGUGAUAACUGGAUGUAAAAAAGAUAUCAAAGUAUUUUAAAAUAAUUAAGGAAAACUGAAUUAAAUAUAAUUGUUAAGUGAGCAUACUAGUAAUGUUUAUUCAUUAAAUUUCUUGAAAAAUAUAAAUAAUUUUGUAUCUGGAAGUGAUGAUAGUUCAAUAAUAAUAUGGUAGGCGAUUGGAAAUAAUUAAUGGUAAAGUUAGUAAAAAUUGAAUGGACAUUCAUUAGCGAUAUUUUGUUUAUUAUUAAAUAAUACUGAUGAUCUAAUUAUUUCAGGUAGUGCAGAUAAAACAAUAAAAAUUUGGGUGAAAUAGGAUUAAUGGUUGUGUUAACAAACCAUAACUGAUCAUACUAAUUAGGUAUAUUCAAUAAGUUUAAAUGAAGAAUAAAAUAAAUUGAUAUCUUGUUCAUUUGAUUACCAAAUACUAGUAAUCGAAUAAUAAAAUAUGGAUAAAAAAUGGAUUGUUAAAUAAUAGAUAAAAUUAGAUACAUGGGGAUAUAGAUUAUGUUAGAUUAAUGAUAAUUAAUUUACAUUUUAACCCUAUUGUAAAUAAUAAAUGCAUGUAUAUGAGAUGGAUAAUAAUACUAAAUAGUAUAGAAAGACUAAGGAAAUUGCGGUAAAGUCCGGUUCAAGUGUUGAUAAUUGUUUUUUUCCAUAAUAAUACUUAAAAUCAAAAUGCCUCCUAGUGAAUAAGAAUGGCAAUUAUAUUAAUUUAAUGAGAAAGACAGAAAAUGGUGACUUUAAAGUUUAAUAAUCUAUUAAAAUUGGUAACUUUCAUAUUUAUGGAUAAUUAAGUAAUGACGGAGAGUAUUUGAUCACUUGGGAUGAUGGAUCAAAAGAAAUAUAAAUAAGAAAGUGUAGAGAAUUAUGA